AUGCGCUGGAAGGCGCUGCUCUCGUUCUCAUGCCGCAACAGGCUGCUGCUCACGGGCACGCCCAUCCAGAACAGCCUGGCCGAGUUGUGGGCCCUCCUGCACUUCAUCAUGCCGCAGCUCUUCGACUCCCAGGAAUCCUUCCAGGAGUGGUUCAGCAAGGACGUGGAGGGUUUCGCGGCCGCCAGCGUGGGCGGCGGCUCCGGGCCGUCGCGCCUCAACUCGGCCCAGCUGGCGCGGCUGCACGCCGUGCUGUCGCCCUUCAUGCUGCGGCGCAUCAAGGCCGACGUGCUCAAUGAGAUGCCGCCGAAGACGGAGGUCACGAUCCAGUGCCCCCUCAGCCGCCGCCAGGGCCAGCUGUACGCUGCGCUGCGGGGCCGCCUGUGCGUGGCCGACCUGUUUGUCAGCGACAGGGCCAAGGUGGCGCGGCUGCUCAACCUCGUUAUACAGCUGCGCAAGGUGUGCAACCACCCAGAACUAUUCGAGCAGCAGGCAGAGCGCGCCCCCCUCCACUUCGCCCCGCCCCCGCCGGCCCCGCCGCGCCCGCCGCCCUUCGGCCGCGUGGAGCGCCUCGUGCCCCUCGCGCCGCGUGGCUUUCUCGAGCUGCGCCUGCCGCGGCUCGUAUAUAACGAUUGCCUCGCCGGCUGGGGCGCGGCGGGCGGCACGGCGGCGGGCGGCAGCGGCGGCGGCGGCGGGCCGGUGCGCAGCGGGUGCUUCGGAUUCACGCGCCUGGCGGGCCUCGCGCCCGCUGAGGUGGCGGCGCUCGCGGCGGCUGACCCCUUUGAGCGCUGGGAGCUCUCGCGGCAGCUGCGGCCCGGCGGCCGGCGGCGGCGCGCGCUGCGCGUGGCGCAGUCCUGGUCGGAGCACUGGGACUGUGGCGGGGGCGAGGGCGGCGGCGGGGUGCAGGCGGGGUCGGCGGCGGCGCGCGCGCGGGGGCGGCUGUGGCGGACUGGGUGCAUGCUGGUGGUUCCGCUGGCGUCGGACGCGCCGUGCCUGCGGCGGCGGCUGGUGGAGCCGGGGGCGGCUGGCAGCUCGCAGCAUGGGCAGCAGCAGGAGCAGCAGCAGCAGAGGCAGCAGGAGGUGAGCAAGGGACAGGAGCAGCAGCAGCAGCAGCAGCAGCAGCAGCAGCAGCAGCAGCAGCAGCAGCAGCAGCAGCAAUCGUCAAUCAAGGACCAGCAGCAUCAGGAGCAGCAGGAGCAGCAGCAGGAGCAGCAGCAGGAGCAGCAGCAGGAGCAGCAGCAGGAGCAGCAGCAGGAGCUCAAACAGGAGCAGCAGCAGCAGCAGCACAACGCGGAGCAAAUGAAUGAGGGUUCGCACCAGCAUAAUGAGCAGCCGCAGCAACAGCAGCAACAGCAGCAACAGCAGCAACAGCAGCAACAGCAGCAACAGCAGCAACAGCAGCAACAGCAGCAACAGCAGCAGCAACAGCAGCAGCAACAGCAGCAACAGCAGCAGCAGCAGCAGCAGCAGAAGCAGCAGCAAGCCUGGCAGCCGCCCGGCGGCCUCGAAUCGGCUGACCGUCCGCUGACUUGCGGCGCCGCCGCGCGGCUGCGCAGCUUUGGACCGACGACCCCCGCGCGGCGCGCCAGCAGCGCCGGUGGCGCGAGGGCGGCUCCUGGGAGCGCGCGCUUCUGCUGUCCUCUGUCGACGGCGCCGGCUGGGCUGUCGGGGGUCCAGAUGCGGCGGGGCCGGCUGUGUUCUACGCGGGCGCGCCCCCGCUGGUGA